AUGGCUUCAAAUAUUAAAGUGUCUCAUUAUUCCAUCAAUACUGACGAAAUAUUAGGAAAAGGUUCCUAUGGGAUUGUUUAUGCUUGUUAAAGUGACAAUUUAAAAAAUAAAGACUUAUGUGUUAAAGUAUUAUUAAUUUUAAUUAGAUUAUUUCUUAUAAGGCAUAAGUUUUUAAAGAAAUUUAAUUGCUUGAAUUGCUCAAAAAAACUUCAAAUCCUAAUUUAAUUAUGAU